GCACUUUGGAUUGGAGUUCUGCAUCAUGUCUGCAACAAUCAUACCUGGGAAACAGAAGGCUGUCAUCAUGACCAUCUUGAAGAUGCGCAGAGAAAACAGUGGAUUGAGAGGGACUCAAAAUGCCACAAAACGCUAGCAAAUAUCAUCCUCAACAAGCGCUGGCUGAAAGACGUCCACAAAUAUCUGCGCUUCAGAUCAACAGCACAUCUGGAAUCAUUCCAGAACCAUGUUCUGAUGUACGCCAGCAAGCGACACGCAUUCACUCCCCGAGUGUACGAAUCCAGGGUUCUGCUUGCAGCACUGGAUUAUAAUUUCCACCGUGAACGACCGACCUACAGAACAGCCACGGGCCAACAAAUUCUCAGGAAGAAGUACAAUAAAAAUGCCCGCAGGUACAGCCUGUAUGCCCUCAAGUGUGACAAAUCCUACGAUUACAUUCGGGAGUUGCAAGCACGGAUUGUGAAGGGCAGAGUCGAAAGUGAUGCUGGGAUGCCGCGGAAGAGGCCUCUUCGCCUGGAUGACCCAAGAACACUAGGUGUUGUGCCCCCAAUACCUCCUCCAUCGACAUCAGAGUUGGUCCGGACGCAGGUCAGCAGAGGUCUGGGAUCGGCCUUCCAUUCUGAGACGAACUUGGAGGCAGAUUAA